UUAGCAACUGCUGGGUAAUUCGAGAAACAAACGCGCAAUAAUUCUUUCGUGGAAUCGCAGCGCGUCUUAAUUGGAGAUUCUCUCAGCACCUGCGGAGUGACUCACGUGGAUUCAGGGCGCAGCCGUUUAUUUGACCAUCAGACAUGGACGAGAUGAGUGGAACGGGCGACGUGGUCGAGGCCGAAAAGACGAAAUUGGAUGAUCUGAUUGUGGCCCACCAGGCCAUUGAACCUACUGUAGUAAGUGCACUGCUUGGCGAAACCACAGCCGAGUGUGCCGCUGAGGGAUUGGGCAGCGUUUACAAAAUCAGUAAACCGCACAGGAUCAUUCACUGCAGUGAUGGAAUUGUCGAGGAGUUCAGUGACGAUGAGGACAAUUACGAGGUGGACGCUGCUAAAAUCAAGGAGCCGCCAGUUGAUCCGUCAACCCUUACCUGGGGCCCUUGGCUGAUGUACCAAACUCAGAAUGCUGGCGGAAUCGUCUUGAAGGCCUGUGACUACCUUGGAGAAGGGUUGGCCAAUUUCUUUGGCAUCACCCGACCUAAAUACGAGUACGAAAUUGAGGAGUACAAGAGAACCAUCCAAGAGGAGGAAGAGAGGCAGAAAAAGGAAGAUCUGGAAAUGGGCGGCUGGAAAGAAAGUGAGAAAUCUGAGCCUCAAACCAAAGAGCCUGAACCGUCAGUGCCCAUUGAGGAGACGAAGACGAAGUACUGAUUUCAUUUUAUGAAAAACUGACACUAUGCCUUGACAAAUCUUUCAAGCGCUUCAUUAUUUUGCAUUUAAAUCACAUCUGACUGGAGCCAUAUAUCAAUCAUUAUUUCAUGAUAUUGAUACAAAUUAUUUUUACUGCCAUUGACACUAAAGUAUUUUGACUACGACUAGCAGACUACUUCUCUAUUUCAUGUGCAUAGUUAAUAGGGUCAAUAUGUACUCAAUAUUUAAUUAUUUAUUCUGGAUCUCUUCCCUCACUAAGGAGGUAACUCUGUUUGCAAUCUCUAGCUGCAUUGAAAGUUAUGUACUGAGGCUAUUAGAUUAAAAUGCAUGUAGAGUUAUGUAAUGCAAUAAAUUAUUUUAAAAAAGAAAAAAAUUUAA